UGGUGCUUCUGAGGAACAAGUUCAGAAAAAUGGCUGAAGAAAUGUGUCCUAACCACCGUCCAUGUCUUUUUUUGUUUUCUGUUGCACCUGAUAGCCAAACUUUCUUUGGCUUCCAUUCUGAAGUGGCUGGAUCCACCACAGCAUAUGUCCCUACUAUCACCUGGUUUGUAUGUUCUCAGAGGUCUUUCUGGUGGCUCUGGGGAGGCCUGAUUCAAUGCCCGGCUAUCUGCUCUGCAUAAAUAGCAACAAAGCCAUUGUCAUCUGCACCUUUUGGAUUGCCUUUCCGAGCCUAUUGAAACUGGCUGUCCCCUGAGACAAUGCUCCAGUCAUUGCCAUCACCCUGCAUUACCAAUUGUUCUGUGCUUUCAGGAGAGUUGCCUGGCUAAAUCCAGGAAUGGAUGGCAAAAAAGUGAACUGAGACUAGACAAACCUUGUUCUGUCAGGAAAAGAUAAUUCCUGAGGAUUUAAUAAACUGGAGGCAAAAAAAGGAAAAAAAAAGAAACACUGAAAUCGUAUUAUCAGUGUCUUGGAGAGAUGAUGCGAGAAGUCAGAGAGACUCCGUAUCUGGUGGGGAAGAAACUAUGUCAUCCAUGUUUGGAACAACAUGAGGGUCCAUGGAGGCACCUAGUUAGAAAGGCAUAGAUAAUCACUUCAGGCGAUGCUGGAGACCACCUUGUUAACAAGAACUACAGCAGCACACCGCAUACUUCCCUGGAGGACUUUAGGUUGUUGCAUCUCUGUCUCGGCAAAUUACGAGAGAUCAGCGACGUCUUGACCGGAAUCAGAUUGUGCAGUCUUUGGAUCUUCAAGACAGCAAUAAAGUGGCAGACAUUGGAACUGGUCUGUUGAGCCAUUGUUAUCAUCUCUGACCAUCUGCUACCGAAGGCUGACAUUCCAUCUCAUUUGCAUGAGCAUGAAUGUCAUACUCACAUCUUAGAACAGCUGAAGAAACGUGUGUGCAGUAACCAGAGCGGCCCGUGGGGACCUCGCAGAACAUCUUAUUCAUUACAGGCCAAACAAACUAAGAUGGAGUCUGACAGUGAAGAGAAUCGCAGUGAAACGUGUGAUGUUCUGCCUGACUGCAUCGCUGAGGCGCCCAGCUUGCAUCUCGGAGCGGGUAAAAAGCGGGCGGCCGCAGAAGGGGCCCGCGGGGCGCCAGUCAACAAGAGGAAAUCGCUCCUGAUGAAGCCCCGCCACUACAGUCCCAGUCCCUGCCCCAGCGAGGGGGACGGCGAGGAAGACCUGGCAAGCGCUCAGGACAAAGACGCGCCCAGGAACACUGACACUCCAGCAGAUGAGGACCUCAACGGUGGUGAUGUUCUGGAAGACACUAUCUAUCACAACGCAAAGUCUCACCACUUGUUGUCAUGGUCAGAACGAACGAGUGAAGGUUCGCCAGACCUGGCGGCUCAGAUAUCCGAACACCAGAAUGAGCAAGAGGAGGAGGAGGAACACAACCAGGACUUUGAAGACAAAAACCAAGAGGAGAUCAGAGCCAGUUAUCACCUGUCUCCAGACAGAGAGGCAGAUGAAGAAGAAUGGAGCGCUCCUCCGUCCCUAACGAAGGUCAACGGGAUCCAUCACAGCCCCAGUCCACCUGCAGACGAUGCUCUUAUGAAGAGACUCCGGAUUGGCCAGCAGCUGCACGAAGACGCUCUUUCUGCUUACAUGAACAGAAACAGUGCAGGGACCUUUAUGGAGGAGUAUGGCUCUGCAAGAGAGUUCAGCGACAGUGAGGAGGAGCUCCAGACGCCCAGGAUGGAGGAGCGAGGAGGUGUUUGGGGUCCAGGUCUGGUGGCCAGACGCCUGGAGCUGGACAGGGCCCGACUCAACCUCAGUCUUCUAGAGCAGGCCAUGGUGCUGCAGUCUGAACAUAGACAGGUCCUCCACAGUGCCUACAAAGACAUGGACCGCUUCCUCCUGGAGCAGAUGAACCACGAACGGAGACAGCAGAGGAUGCUGGAGAUAGACGCUCGAGCCAUGUACCACAGCAGCAAAGAUUCCCCUCGGACAGAAAAGAAAGACAUCAAAUGUCCGACCCCGGGCUGUGAUGGGACAGGUCAUGUGACAGGCCUCUACCCUCAUCACCGGAGUCUAUCAGGAUGUCCCCACAAAGUCAGAGUGCCCCCAGAGAUCCUGGCCAUGCACGAAAACGUCCUCAAGUGUCCGACACCUGGCUGUACAGGAAGAGGUCAUGUCAACAGUAACCGUAGCACGCAUAGAAGUCUCUCAGGCUGCCCGAUAGCUGCUGCAGAGAAGAUCUCCAAACCGCAGGAGGAUCCCGCAAAGUGCAGACAGACGGCAGAGAGGAUGACGAGACCUUUAGGAAACAUGAAGAAAUUUGACUUCACGUACAGAUUUGCACAUCCUAUGGCAGCGUUGCAGGCCAGCAUGGCCAAAGACAUGGACAAGUACACUAAAGGCCAUUUUGACUACGCCAGUUUUGACGCCCAGGUCUUUGGCAAGCAGGCUCAGAUGGCAUCCGACCAGAGUCACGAAUCUUCACACUUUCCUGACUCCGCUCAGUUCCCCUGUUUUCUGGGUUCUGGUGGUCGUAUGAUCAUGGCCGGAGACAACAGCCCCAGUCGCCAUAAAGCCCAAAGCAACGCCCUCCAGUCCAACAUCGCAUCCGCAGCCAUCCUCAACCUCUCCACCCGUUGCCGAGACAACGGCGAGGCCCUGCCCCCCAGCCGGCCCCUGGCAUCAUCCACAAAGCGUUUCAUGGAAGUGUGGGAGAAAGAUGUCACCUCACUUGUUUCUGAGGCUGGAGAGAAUGUCAUCAGACGAGAAAAACUCACAUCCUGCACAGGGAUGAACUCGAUAGGUGUGCUGUCGGUCGGUUCUAGCUGGUUCCAGAAACAGCCAUAUUUGGACUCGCUGAUAGAGGUAGACGAAAAUGGAACGCUGGAUUUAAGUAUGAAGAAAAAGAGAGAAAAGGCGAGGGACUCUCCCAUGAUGCCGACGUUAGGAGACGCUCUUUUCACCCCACCUGAAACCUCUCUAACCAAAGCGGCGGGUCUCCAGAUCUCCCCGGCCAUCUACCGUGUCCUCUACGAACAGGACGCUUGGGACACGCCGCUGAACUACAGCAAAACACCUGCGCAGCAAGACAAAGAGAUGGAUCAGCUGGAGAAGGCGUCUCUCGAGGAUAAAGCGUACAAUGGAGAUGCAAGCAUGGCAAAAAACAAGAUGCUCAUAAGAGACACCAAGAAAGAGCUGAUGAGUUGUCCGACACCAGGUUGUGAUGGUAGUGGUCAUGUGACAGGAAAUUAUGCAUCACAUAGAAGUGUAUCUGGUUGCCCAUUGGCUGACAAGACCCUGAAAUCACUAAUGGCUGCUAAUUCUCAAGAGCUCAAGUGUCCAACUCCUGGCUGUGACGGUUCAGGUCAUGUGACAGGAAACUACGCAUCUCAUAGGAGUCUGUCAGGGUGCCCUCGUGCCAGGAAAGGAAGCUUGAAGCUCACGCCAAGCAAAGAGGACAAAGAAGAGCCAGAGAUGAAGUGCCCAGUGGCAGGCUGUGACGGUCAGGGCCACGUGUCGGGUAAAUACACAUCGCAUCGCAGCGCAGGAAGUUGCCCCAUCGCCACCAAGCGGCAGAAGGAGUGCUCCGUGAACGGAUCGGCCUUCUCCUGGAAGGUCUGUAAACAGGAGCUUCCGCACUGCCCUCUGCCCGGCUGCAACGGCUUGGGUCACGCCAACAACGUCUUUGUGACACACAGGAGUUUGUCAGGAUGUCCACUAAACGCCCAGAGUAUCAAGAAGAAACUCUCUGAUGAAGAGAUGAUGACCAUCAAACUCAAAACCAGCAGCGGUAUUGAAAACAAUGAAGACAUGCAGCACUUGGAUCACGAAAUAAAGGAGCUAAAUGAAUCCAAUCUGAAGAUAGAAGCAGACAUGAUGCAGCUCCAGACUCAGAUUUCAUCUAUGGAGUGCAACCUGAAAACUAUCGAGGAGGAGAAUAAAAUAAUCGAGCAGCACAACGACAGUCUGUUGAAGGAGUUAGCGCGUCUCAGUCAAGCACUUAUCAACAGUCUCACAGAUAUCCAGCUGCCGCAAAUGGGUCCAAUAAACGAACAGAACUUUGAAGCGUACGUGAACACGUUGACGGAUAUGUACAACAAUUCAGAGCACGAGUAUUCACCCGAAUGCAAAGCCUUACUGGACAGCAUCAGACAGGCCAUCAAGGGCAUUCACGUAUAAGGCCAAACUCUCGUUCACAACCGUUUGAUUGUCCGCAGAGGGCUGGCUUUGUCAUCUGUGCAAGAUGUGUGUCGUUUAAAACAACAACAACAAAAGAGUAACUCCAUUCCAUGACAAAUAAUUCAUUGCACUGAAAAUUACCAGCCACAUUUUUACAGCUCAAUGUUCUUUUUAGUGAGAUUUUACCUCCUUUUGCACUUAUUUAUUUCCUAUGGUUUGCUUGACUUUAUUCCGUAUUGUUCUUUUUGUGUGUUAUUAUAUUAUUGCUACAUAUUAUCUUUAUUCAUCGGUACUAUUUAUCUCACAGUAAUCUUAUUUAUUGAUUGAUUUAUUUAUUUAUUGCUAUCAUUUUUGCUGCAACUCCAAAAUGCAAGGCCAAUCUUACAUAUUGUGAAUUUUAUUUUGCAUUGUUGUACAAUAACUGGGAGUUUUAGUCGUUCGAAAUAUAUCACAAUGACUUUUUCCUUCAUAACUGAUGUCAAAUGUAAGAAUAGUCCACUUGCGCCACCUGUUGGUGAGCAGCUGUUAUUGGUCUAUUAGAGCCGUACUGUAUGCAUCCCUGACUUAUUAAUUUUUUUUUUAAUGUAGUUCAUGUACGCCACUGAAAUGGCAUCAUUUGUUCUCAUGCAUAAACUCUUAACAAGAAGAAAAAUAUUUUAUCUGAUUAACUCUCCAAACGACUGUACAGCGACUGUACAGUGAGCAAAAAUCAAAUCAUCCACAUACACACACAAAAAAACGUAUUUCCGUUUCUGUUCAUAUGAACUGCCUUUGGUGUGCACAUCCGUGUGUGCAUAUAUGUGCCUAAAUGUAAAUGAGUACAUGGAAUAUGAUAUGUUUUGUGGUAGAGCAGUAUUACGUGAAUGGUGAUUCAUUUUAUUCUGCAGUAUAUUUAUUUUCUGAAUGAAAAGCCUCUAAACUCUGUUUACCUACUGUUUAUACGCCAUUUUAAGUAUGUAACGAUAUUCUUGUAAAAAAGUGUUUUAUGAUCAGGCACAAUACGGUUUUUAUUCUUUUCUGUGAGACUGAACUCCUCAACCUUUGGCUUCUUUUGUGCGACAAACGGUGGGCUCUCAAAUAGGUUUUAUGGAUGAUAUUUUCUCAAAGCACUUCAUGUCUUCAAGCCACUAAAAUAUAAAAAUUGACAAUUUACAGCGAAAGAACAGCAAUAGAGAGUAAUCUUUCCAUUUUGACUGAAUCUGUACCACUUGAUUUUGUGUUUAAAUGCACAGCCGAGGUCACCUCAGCAGAUCUGAGUGCUGUUAUUGCUGUGUUUCGAUCACAAACGGCCUCGUCGCAGCACUUUUAAAGCUUUCUCUAACACUAAACGUACCCUUUUGCACUUUUAUUCUGUUAUUUAGUGUUUAUUUCGAGUGGGUCACAAAUGCGUGAUCGAUCGGUGCAGGUUAAUUAGCACACUGAAGGAGUUUGACCUUACUUUUACAUUGUCCAUUGAUUGUCAAAAAAUGUUUUUGCAGGUCAUUCAGAUGGAAUAAAACACUAUUAUCUGACCAAAUGAGCAUAAAGAAUUGUAUUCUCAAAACCGAAUCUUUUUUUUUUUUUAUCCUAAAUUACUGUAUAAUUCAUGAUUAAUUCUGUUUAAAUUAUUUGUAAUUCCUAAUUUUUAAUUUAUAAACCACAGAUUGUUUGCUCAGGAAGUUUUGUGAGGAAUAUUUAUUUUUCCUUUUUGUAUUUGAUGUUUUGUAAUGUGAUAUGAAUUUUUUUGUGUAAAAGAAAAAAAUAGUAUAAUACACAGUACUGUAAAUGAUUUAGUUUGUUUUUGUUUUUAAAAAUGUUUUUUUUUUUCAGUUCGAGUAGUUUGUAUAUCAGGAUUUCCUUACACUUUUAAAAUUUCAUAAGCAGUACUGCGCUGUGUUGUACAGUUUGUGUAUGGUAGAAAUAAACUAUUGAAAUGAUCUGCAUAGCACUCAUUGUACAGUUGCUCGUAUUAAAGCUCAUAUAUAAAUAUUUAUUCGAUAUAGA